GUGUUUGGCUGUGUGCGCAACAUGACUCACCCUCUCUUCCUCAUUAUACCCUCAGCUUCAUUUGGUCUUAAAUUUCCACCUCCAUUUGUUCGACUCGUUCAACAACAUUAAAGUACCGUACCUUGUUUUGACAAGUGAAAAGAAAAGUCUGUCAGACACUUCAGAGCUAGAAACCUGCUGCAUGAGGCUACUGGAAAAGUAGUGAACAUUUCAAAAUCAUGGGCAAACUGUCUGUCCUUCUUUUUGUUCAUUCGUUUUCCACCAUUGUCAACGCAGGUUCAGGAUCACAUUCUCUGUGGGUACUUGCAACAUAUAUAAGUGGAGAGACACCUUUCCCUGAGUUUACGGUUGUGGUGAUGUUGGAUGAUGUUCAAGUGGCUUACUAUGACUCCAACAUGAAACACUUCAUCUACAGGGUAAAUAACAACCCUAACAAAAUGCAUGAUAACGAAGCUCAGGACGGAGCUUAUAUACUUGGAAUGAUGUACAACAACAUGAAAGAGAGAUCAUUUCACCUAAAGCACCACUUCAACCUCACAGAAGGUGUUCAAGUUCAGCAAAGAAUGUCUGGCUGUGAGAUGUUGGACAAUGGUGAACCGGUCAUGUUCAUGGUGAAGGACACUUUCAAUGCCAUUUAUACAGAUGAAAUGGUAUAUUACAACAUGACACAUUUUAUAUAUGAUGCUGGGAAACUACUACGAGGAUGGGAUGGGAUGAGGCAAGCGUUUGAAAGAGUAUUAUUUGAGAACGUUCACCUUCCCAUUUGUAUCAGAACACAGAAGAAACUCCUGAAGAGGGAGAAGAACAUUGUGAUGCGUGAAGUUCCUCCCAGACUCAGGUUGAUAAAGAAAGAGGUUUCUGGAGGGUUCCAGAUGAGCUGCCUGGCGUUUGGUUUCUAUCCCCGCCACAUCAACCUGACCCUGCUGAGAGACGGCCAGCCAGUGGCAGAACAGGAGCUGACAGGGGGGGAGGUGCUGCCUAGUGGAGACGGGACCUACCAGCUGAGGAAGAGUCUGGAGGUCAGUACUGAGGAGCUAAAGAAGAGACACAACUACACCUGUACUGCCUCUCACCUCAGUCUGGACAACAAGCUGGAUGUCAGUUGGGAGUCUGGGACAGAGAGAGUUCACCUAUCAACCCUCUCAGCUCUACUGGUGAUGCUGCUGAUUCUUAUUCUAUUGGGCAUUUUCAUUUGCAUUAGGAGGUGGAGAUGCACUGCCUCACAGUCUAAAAUUACCAACGUUGAUGCAAAAGUGUCAGAGGAAAUGAACCUUUCUUCAGAUUCUGAGAUCUAAUAAAAAUGUUGGGACACUGA